AUGAUCAAUGCAAGCGUGCGGAUGGUCUUUCUUUCCUUUUCUCUUUCUUACGUUCUUUCUCUCCUUUUCUCUCUCUUUCUUUCUUUCUUUCUUUCUUUCUUUCUUAUUUUAAUUUCUUUUUCUUUUUUUCUUUUCCCUUUCUUUCUUUUUCUUACUAUACUUGUUUCCGUGUUUAGUAGGUUUCCAUUGCCACCAUUGUUCCAACAUGAUGCGUCGGGUGGAAAGCAGUGCCGGCGGAGGAAAGCUCGGACGGUGUUCAGCGACCAACAACUCAACGGACUUGAGAAAAGGUUCGAAGCCCAGAGAUACCUGUCCACACCUGAAAGGGUAGAACUCGCCUCACAGCUCAGUUUGUCAGAAACUCAGAAUCGACGGAUGAAACACAAGAAAAUGCAGAGGAAAAUACAGGAGGAUAACGAACUGCGAAAAACAUCGAAGUCGACAGACGCAAACCACACACCAUCUUCGAGCUGCGACGGGAAACACCAUGGCGCUGACGAUUUGGUCUUGACUACUGCCAGUAACGGUGCCGACUCAGAGCUGGAGGAUUCCACCGAACUCAGUCAACAUGACCCUUGCUCUGACAUUGAGGCCGAAGAGAUCGAUGUUGUUGAUUCGGAUACAGAGCGAUUUCGCCGACCUAUAAUAAAUAGCUGA